GUCACGUCCGCUGGGUAUUGUAACGUGUCCUUACCGGCUGGGUUGAAUCAUAUCAGAGAGCCGUGAGCACAAGAGAAUUCCAAGAGACUGGACAUGGCGGAGCUGGAACCCGCCGCCCUGCACAAUGACACUGAGGGGAAUGGUACCCGGCUGGGGACCUCGCCGGAGGGCGCUGCGCUGGCUUAUGGCAGCCUCCUUGGGAUGGCCCUGCUGCCCAUCUUUUUUGGGGCCUUGAGAAGUGUCAGCUGCGCCAGGGGCAAGAACGCUUCAGACAUGCCGGAGACAAUCACUAGCAGAGACGCGGCUCGCUUCCCGAUUAUCGCCAGCUGCACCCUGUUCGGCCUGUACAUAUUUUUUAAAAUUUUCUCCCAAGAAUACAUCAACCUCCUGUUGUCCAUGUAUUUUUUCGUCCUGGGGGUGCUGGCCUUGGCUCACACCAUCAGCCCGGCCAUGAACAGGAUUUUCCCGGCCAAUAUACCCAACAAACAGUAUCAGCUCCUCUUCACCCAGGGCUCGGGGGAGAGUAAAGAGGAUAUUCUGAACUACGAGUUCGACACUCGGGACCUCGCCUGUCUGGCUGUGAGUGGAGUAGUCGGCGUCUGGUACAUCAUGAAGAAGCACUGGAUUGCCAAUAACCUGUUCGGUUUGGCUUUUGCCCUGAAUGGGGUGGAACUUUUGCAUCUGAAUAACGUCAGCACCGGCUGCAUCCUGUUGGGGGGGCUCUUCAUCUACGACAUCUUUUGGGUGUUUGGGACCAAUGUCAUGGUGACUGUGGCGAAGUCCUUUGAAGCACCGAUUAAAUUGGUGUUCCCCCAAGAUCUCCUGGAGAAAGGCCUCGAAGCCAAUAAUUUUGCCAUGUUGGGUCUUGGUGACAUUGUGAUUCCAGGUAUUUUCAUUGCCCUGUUGCUCCGUUUUGACAUCAGCCUGAAGAAGAAUUCACACACGUAUUUCUACACCAGCUUCGCGGCGUACAUCUUUGGUCUGGCCCUGACCAUUUUUGUCAUGCACACCUUCAAACAUGCCCAGCCGGCCCUCCUCUACCUUGUGCCAGCCUGCAUUGGAUUCCCGCUGAUUGUUGCUUUGUUGAAGGGAGAAGUGGCGGAGAUGUUCAGCUAUGAGUCUUCAGCGGAGCUUCUCCCGCACACCCCUCGCCUCUCUCACUAUCCGGCUGUCUCUGGGUCUCCCGCCAGUCUGGCCGAAUCCAUGCAGCAGAAAUCCUUCUCCCCCCGCCGCCGCCGGCAGCUGAACACCAGCUCCAUGUGACGGACUCUUCUCCCAUCUGCAUUCAGACAGGUACGAGGAGAAGCCGAAAGAUGCGCCCGCAGACCACAUGGAUGAGACUGAUAAGAAAGAGGAUUAAGCCCCCCGCUCCUUGUCUGCGACUGGGGGGCUGAAGUCUGGGCCAGAUACCAGUCCCCCUCCCCUUGCCAUCUGUGUUUGUAAAGCGCUUGUGCCCCCAUCUGUCUCCCCUCCUCCGUCUUGGGGGGGGGGUCCGUGUGCGCCUGUCAGUGUCUCUGGGCCCAUAUUUUUAUAUUUUGUAUGGUGGAUUUACUUUCUAUGGUAUUAAAUCGUCCGUGGAGAUUUUCUCUGUGCCCCGCGCCACCCCAUCUCGCUCUGUGUACUCUGCUGUGGGGGUCCCUGGGGCAGGGACCGUCUGGAGAGUAAAGGGCUCUGCGAGGGGCGUUAGAUUCAGCAUUUUAACCCAUUCUCCUUUAGGUCUUAUGUCUUCAGAUUUUUAAACUUCUGUGUUCUGGGAAAGCUGGACAGUACAGUAUAGAACAUUCCGUGUUACUUAUUGCCCCGCGCUGUGGGUUGACGCUGCCUUAAAUGCCACAUUCUGCCCCUUCACCUACAGGUUCAGCACAAAUCUUUCUGGCUUGUGCCCAUUCUACAGUGAGAUGGCGCGGCAAGGUGGCUAUUAAUGUACCUCCCCCCAUGCUUUAAAACUGCUGUUCCACCUAUGCCAUUUAACUCUUUAGUAACUAAAUGCAUUAGAAAGCACAUUCCUAAUCUUGCUAAACUUCUCAACCGCUUAAUUCUCAUUCUUGAUGGGAACGCUUGUCAUGUGACACAAAAGCAGCCUCUGAUAGGUUGUUACAUUGAAACUUCAAAAAUAUAUGCUUAGCAUAUAAAAGAGCAUGAUGAAUGCGUUAGUGGAACAGCACCUUUAACUACUCUCUCUGUCCAGUGGGGCUAGGUCUGUCCCGUUUUAUCUUAAGCUCCCUCCUUGCCUUCGUAACCCAUAAGCAGACAGUCCGCAGGGGCCGCCCUUCUCACUCCCUUACAGCUCCCAGGUCUUAAGUUUAGGCAGCUGGGUUUUUAAAGAGACGGAAGGAUUCGUUCGCUGCCGAUGUAUAGAAACUGUUACACGUAUAUUUAUCAAGAUUCCAAAAGCCUUUAUUUUUGUCUGGAAACAGCUUGAAUUUUACCUUAUUGUGAGAUAUCCACAAAAAAAAAAAAAAACGCCAAAAAAAAGGAAAAUAGAAAUAAUCCUCAACAGAUCUGGAACUCAAAGUGUCUAACAGACGGUGUGAAUAAAAUAAAAAUGAAAUGCUUGUAACACGA